GGCGGUCGGCUGGAUGGACGGGGGAGAAGGGGACAGGUUAAACGUUUUUCCGCUGAUGUGUGCAUCCGUGGUGGGGAUGAAGCGUAUAUAUUCAGAGGGACGGUGGACGGUGUUGAGGGACAAGGUUUUCAGCAUCUGCUGCGACGCAUCACUCUGCCUCUGAACUCAGCAGCAUCAUGGAAGCCGCCAUCACCACCCUUGUCGCCCAGUUCAAGACGUACGCUGGGAAAGACGGAUCCGCCAGCACGCUGAGUAAAGACGAAUUCCACAACCUGGUGACCUCGCAGCUUCCCAACUAUGUCAAGAAUGCCAGCGACCCCGGGGCCAUCGACCAACUCAUGGGCUCGCUGGAUGAAAACAAUGACGGGGAGCUGACUUUCUCGGAGUUCUGGCAGCUGAUCGGAAAGCUGGCGAGCAAGCAGGGAGGAUUCAGUCAGUAGAGCUCGCCGCCUUCAGUCAUCUGUGGCUCGGAGCCGAUUGUGCAACACCAAUGGGCUCAGCUCCGGCUCUCCAGCUGUAAACUCAAGGGCAUUUGAAUUCCAUUUAUCGCUCCACAUGUGCAACCAUUUAGUUAACCAUUUGUUGAUUGCGGGAAUCUGUGAAUUAAAGGAUUCAUUGUCUUGAACCCUCAGCCACUAA